GGGUGGGAAGAUGGCGGCCGCCGUCCGCGCUGAGAGCGGUUGAGGGGGAGGGAUCCGGGCCCGGCCGCGGCGACACCGCCCCUCGCUCGGCCCCGCCCCGCCCCGUCCCGCCGGGAGGGAGGGAGCCGGAGACCGAGCCCCGCAGCCAAGCGGAGCAGCCGGAGCGGGGGCCCCCGGGCGCCCAGGAGCCCCACAGCGGGAGCCGGGGCCCCAGCAGCAGCAGCAGCGGGAGCCGGAGCCUCUCGGGGCCGCCCCCCUCCGUGCGGCCGGCGGAGUAGCUGGCGCACCCCCGUUAGCUCCGCUGGGGGCAGGCCGGAGGCGGCGGCUGUCACCAGGCGGCGGCGGCGGCAGAAUUCAAUAAUUGAUGCUGGUCCCCUGCCGGGAGAGUUCAUCUGAAGACUGCCCAUGGACAAUCGAUGCUUGUGUUUGCUGAAGUUCUAGUAUUCUUUUGUUUUACUGUUUAAUUCACUGAAGAGUCCAUUUUUUCCCAUGAGUCAUCUUCCACCUCUGGAAAGGUAGAGGUGACAAAAGUUGAGAGGAACCCAGUUAGAAGACAAAGUAAUCUUUAGCAUGUACAUGCAUACACUGUGGUGUCCACCUGUGAACACGGCAUAAGGUGCAAAGUAGCUCAACAUGAGUGGCCUUGGGGACAGUUCAACAGACCCUGCUAACCCUGAUUCCCGGAAGAGGAAGGGGUCGCCGUGUGAUACGUUGGCCCAGAGCAAUGAAAAGCGACGCCGGGAGCAGGAGAAUAAAUACUUAGAGGAGCUGGCGGAGCUGCUCUCGGCAAACAUUGGUGACAUCGACACCCUGAGUGUCAAGCCAGACAAAUGCAAGAUUCUAAAGAAGACAGUCGACCAAAUCCAGCAGAUGAAGAGGUUGGAACAAGAGAAAACAGCUGAUGAUGACGUCCAGAAGUCUGACAUCUCAUCCAGCAGCCAAGGAGUGAUCGAAAAGGAAUCUCUGGGACCUCUUCUCCUGGAAGCACUGGAUGGCUUUUUCUUCGUUGUGAAUCGUGAGGGGAGGAUUGUGUUUGUGUCCGAGAAUGUGACCAGCUACCUGGGUUAUAACCAGGAGGAGCUCAUGAAUACCAGUGUCUACAGCAUCCUGCAUGUAGGGGAUCACGCGGAGUUCGUCAAGAAUUUGCUGCCAAAGUCUCUAGUAAAUGGAGUUCCUUGGCCUCAGGAAGCAACCAGACGCAGCAGCCAUACCUUCAGCUGCCGGAUGCUGAUCCGUCCCCCUGAUGAGCUGGGUGCGGAGAACCAGGAGGCUCGCCAGCGCUAUGAGGUGAUGCAGUGCUUCACCGUGUCCCAGCCCAAAUCGAUCAAAGAGGAAGGAGAAGAUUUCCAAUCCUGUCUGAUAUGCAUUGCACGGAGAUUACCUCGACCUCCAGCUGUCACCAGUUCAGAAUCUUUCAUGACCAAGCAAGAUACUACAGGUAAAAUUAUCUCCAUUGACACCAGUUCCCUAAGAGCCGCAGGCAGGACUGGCUGGGAGGAUUUAGUGCGGAAGUGCAUCUAUGCUUUCUUCCAGCCUCAGGGCAGAGAGCCAUCUUAUGCCAAACAGCUAUUUCAAGAAGUGAUGACACGUGGCACGGCCUUCAGUCCGUCGUAUAGAUUCACGCUGAGCGACGGGACGGUACUUAGCGCCCACACCAAGUGUAAGCUCUGCUAUCCUCAAAGCCCAGAAAUGCAGCCUUUCAUCAUGGGCAUCCAUAUCAUUGACAGGGAUCACCACAUGCUCUCUCCUCAAGAGAACACUAACUCUGGAAUGCCCCUUCCCCGUGUCAGCCCUGCGCUGCACCCUAGCAUGUCCCCAGGGCAAGGCAUGGCUCUCUCGUCCGCCAUCCCUCCAUCCAACAGUGGCAUGUUGGCGACCAAUGUAAAUCAGCAGCCAGGCUCUGGCCUCCACAGCAGCAAUUCCAGCACCGGCCAGACAAGCUUUGGGUGUUCACCUGGGAAUCAGAUCGGAGCCAAUGUUGCCUUAAGCCAGGGACAAGCUGGUCCCCAGAACAAUAACCACCUUUUAAACCUCAAUAGCUCUCCCAUGAAUAGUCCAGGGAUUACCCCAGCACAGUUCAUGUCUCCUAGGCAUCGGGUUAGCCCAGGAUUGGUACCAAGGCCCAGAAUGCCAAGCAAUCCUUUCUCGCCUACCAUGCACUCCCCUGUGGGCAUGGCGAGCAGUGGCUGCAGCAGCGGUGGCAGCAGCAACAGGCCUUUCCCCAAUGCCCCGAUAAACUCUAUGCAGGGGCUUAACGAAGGCCCCAGCACCCCCAUGGGGUACUCCACGCCACCGCCCAUUCUGAGGCAGCCGAGCUCCCAGAACUCGCCCGGUCGGCUCAGCAUGCAGCCUGUGAAAACGGAGCCGAAAGACAGCAAGGAGAUUGCCUCCAUCCUGAGCGAGAUGAUUCAGUCUGACAGCGGCUCGAGCGAUGGCAAGCCGCUGGACUCAGGCCUGCUACAUGCCAGUGACAGACUCUCGGAGGGAGACGCCAAGUGCUCCCAAGCCACCAGCCACAAGCUGGUUCAGCUCCUGGCCACAACGGCAGAACAACAGCUGCGGCACACUGAUGCAGAUACUAGCUGCAAAGAUCCCUUAUCCUGCACGGGUGCCUCUGGGAACCCUCCAGGCAACACGUGUCCCUCUUCCCAUAGCUCCCUCACAGAGCGGCACAAGAUCUUACACCGGCUCUUGCAGGAGGGCAGCCCCUCCGACAUCACCACUCUGUCCAUGGAGCACGACAAGAAGGAUACCGCGCCAAACGCUGCCGCCACCCCUACCUCUCAGAGUCAGAUCCCGGGGACCCCUGAAAUCAAACUGGAGCCGGAGGCCUUGAAGAAAAAGGAGUCUAAGGACCAUCAGCUCCUACGCUACCUACUAGACAAGGAUGAGAAGGACCUUGCCGCGGUCCCGGCCCUGAGUCUGGACGAUGUGAAGGUGAAAGUGGAGAAAACGGAGCAGAUGGAUCCGUGCAAUACGACUCCGGCCCCGCUGACUAAGCCCCCUACUGCAGAGGAAGUGAAGCUAGAGUCGCAGGGCCAGGAAGCAAAGCGUCAUCCUUCCUCUGAAGCGGCUCCUGCUGGCCACUCGUGGAGACGGGAUACUGGACGAGAUGGGCUAUUGUUUGCUGCUGACCUCGACCAGCUCGAUCAGCUGCUGCCUUCGCUGGAGAAAGCAGCCCAGUUGCCAGGCUUGUGUGGGACGGACAGAACCGAAAGCAGCAUGGCCAGUGUUGCGGUCAAACCUGAGAUUCUGACAGCCCCGCUCCAGCCCAGCGCUGCAGCAAGAACUCCAAUGGGGCUUAAUACUAUUAACGGCGGGCAGGGCAUGCAGGCUGGCCGGUCCCCAUUUGAGUUCUGCGACCCCGUGGAGCCAGUUCAGCUCAGGCCAGCUCAUUUUCCUGCAACGAAUGGCAGCAGUCUGCGUUCCGGGUUACCGUCAGAGCAGGGCAGGGGGACAGUAACUGGACCAAACCCCUUCCAGCCUGAUACAGGAUUGUCUGAACUGGAGUUGGGAGUCUCCGAUCAACAGUUUGGACAGCCAGGAAUGGGUGACCAGAUUCCAUGGGCAGACAACCCCAUGGCCUCCAUGAAUCGAGUAUCUUUGAAUAAACCGGAUGACCAGUGCAUCACUUCCCAGCUGGACGAACUCCUAUGCCCCCCCACCACGCCGGAGGGCCGGAAUGACGAGAAAGCCCUCCUCGAGCAGCUUGUGUCCUUCCUGAGUGGCAAAGAUGAAACGGAGUUGGCGGAAUUGGACCGAGCUCUUGGGAUUGACAAAUUGGUCCAGGGAGGCGGCCUGGAAGUGCUGACUGACAGAUUCCAGCCACAGCAAGCGACACCGUCUCUUCUAAUGGAUCAGAAGCCUGGCCUCUACCCCCAGCCUUAUUCUUCUGCUUCUCCUACUGCUAAUCUCCCCAGCCCUUUCCAAGGCAUGGUCAGGCAGAAACCCUCUUUCGGGCCCAUGCCGGUUCAGGUACCACCGCCCCGAGGGGCUUUCCCCACCAACAUGGGAAUGCAGCCACGGCAGACUUUAAACAGGCCACCGACCGCUCCCAACCAGCUGAGACUUCAGCUGCAGCAGCGGCUACAAGGGCAGCAGCAGCUGAUACACCAAAAUCGGCAGGCGAUCCUGAACCAGUUUGCAGCAAAUUCUCCGGUCGGCAUCAGUAUGAGGGCAGGCAUGCAGCCACAGAUUACGCCUCAGCCACCUCUGAAUGCACAGAUGCUGGCCCAGCGGCAGCGAGAGCUGUACAGCCAGCAGCAUCGGCAGCGGCAGCUAAUGCAGCAGCGAGCCAUGUUAAUGAGACAGCAGAGCUUCGGGAACAACCUUCCUCCCUCGGCUGGACUCCCAGUGCAGAUGGGGGCAGCUCGCCUCCCCCAGGCACCCCCACAGCAGUUCCCCUACCCCCCCAACUACGGUACGAAUCCAGGAAACCCUCCCACCUCCACCAGCCCCUUUUCGCAGCUGGCGUCGAACCCAGAGGCAGCACUGGCCAGUCGCAGCAGCAUGGUGAACAGAGGGAUGAUGGGGAACGUUGGAGGGCAGUUUGGUGCCGGGAUGACCCCUCCCAUGCAGCAGAACAUCUUCCAGUACUCGGGGUCAGGCAUGGGUCAGCAAAGCGAGCCUGCAUUCGCUCCGUCACUCAGCCCCAGCAGCCCUCUGAUGUCGCCGCAGAUUCCUCCUUCGCAGAGCCCCAUGCUCCAGUCAGCUCCACCGACCCCUGGGUACCAGUCCCCAGACAUGAAGACUUGGCAGCAAGGAACAAUGGGGAAUAAUAAUGUAUUCAGCCAACCUGGGCAGAACCAGCCCACACCUGCGCAGCAGGGAAUGUACAACAACAUGAGCAUCACCGUGUCCAUGGCUGGAGGAAACACGAACGUCCAGAACAUGAAUCCAAUGACUGGACAAAUGCAGAUGAGCUCACUGCAAAUGCCCGGGAUGAACUCCAUGUGCUCUGAGCAGGUAAAUGACCCAGCGCUGAGACCCACCGGCCUUUACUGCAACCAACUUUCCUCCACUGACCUUUUGAAAACAGAAGCAGAUGGGGCGCAGGUCAGUAAGAAACUCCUAAGCACAGACCCAUCUGAGCAGGUACAACAGGUUCAGGUGUUUGCUGACGUGCAGUGUACAGUGAAUCUGGUAGGUGGAGAUCCUUACCUGAACCAGCCUGGUCCAAUGGGCUCGCAGAAAAGCACGACAGGUCCUCAGACCCCUCAGGCCCAGCAGAAGAGCCUCCUUCAGCAGCUACUGACUGAAUAACCGCUUUUAAAGGAAUGUGAAAUUUAAAUAAUAAGACAUACAGAGAUAUAUAAAUAUAUAUAUAUAUUAUAUAUUUUUCUGAGAUUUUUGAUAUCUCAAACUGCAGCCAUUCUUCAGCUCGUAGUGUUUGGAGCAAAAAGGUUUUUUUGUUUUGGGGUUUUUUUUGUUUUGUUUUGUCUUUCGGGGGGGUUUUUUGUUUGUUUGUUUUUGUAAAAGGCAUUGGAUGUUGGCAAAGCGACAAGGCAGGACAGUCGGUUUCUUGAGCCAAAAUUACAGAUGAUUCUUAUUUUUGUAAUCAGUUGCUGGCAUCUUACUCCAGACGAAGGUUUCUCGGGGAAGUGGGGAAGGGGAUGGAGGAAGAAGCGAGUUGAAAGAGACUGCUUCGGAAGGAGGAAGAUCAUCUCAGUUUCAGCUGGAUCUGUCACUGAUUCAUGUCUCAGCCCAGUGGGAAGGUGGGGAAAGACACCGGACUUCUAUCAGAAAGGCUGUUUUUAUUCAUGCUUAAAAAACCCAAACACCUUUUCUCCCCUCUGCCCCAGUCCGCUUGUGCGUACAAUCAGCUUUUUCUAGCAAUCGUGAGUUUGUCAGUUUUAAAGAAAAACAGAGAGUAUUUUGACCCACCAUUUUUUCCAUGUUUUAUGCUGGUGUUUAAAGCCUCCUAGCGAGAGAGGCCACAAUGUGUAUAUUACAUCAGGGGGAAAAUAAUAAUAAAAAGACAAAAAAAAGAACAGUUUGGGGGGAAAAGCUGCAAUAAUUUUUAGGGGAAAGGAUGAGGAGGAGGGGGGAGGGUUCUGUCAAUUAUUGUAGAUAAAAUUUUUCUGAUUAAAUAUUAAAUAAAAUUAAGCAGUUGGUUUUUUUCUGCUUUGAUUGUGCUUAACAGCUGAGGUAGCUUAAACUAUUUAAAAUAAUAAUAAAAAUAAUAAAAAUUCAACUCUCUGAUGGGAGAUAGCUUAUUUUUUCCCCCUCAAACCUGUCACUGUACAUAGCUCUAAUCUCUUGUAUACAUUUGUUUUCUUCCUUUAGUUGCGAUCGCUCUUAAGAUCAUCGCUUUUUAUUUGAUUUGAUUUUUUUCCCCUUUUUUCUAAAAUUAUGCUGGUGUGUGGAAAAUGUGUAGCUUUGUUGACUCUAUUUGCAAGAGAUAAAAACAAAGAAAUGGAGAUGACCGCUAAUGUUGUAUUGCUUUCUGAUGACUGUGCUAUGCAGUGUGUGGAUUUUCCCUCUCUUGGGGUUGGAGGUGGAUAGGGGCAAGUCUAGUUUUCAGAGGUGCUGACCAUUCAUUGCUCCCACUAGUCAAUAGGAGCGGCAGGAGCAUUCAGCACUUCUGGAAAUCGGCUCCCUAAGCUUCGAAGGGCUAGUUCAUUCUGCCCCACAGACCAGCCUGGCCCAACUCCAGUGGGAGGGUUGGCACUACCAGAAGCCCACAGGGGACGUUGUAGUUGCCACCAGUAGAGAGAAGAAGGGU